AUGCAAGAAGAAAGUUCAAAUGGACUUUUUACGACAUCCAUUCAAAUAACACAAGUUCAUCCUAAAGAAUGUGAUUUGAAUGAUCAGCUAUGUUAUCCAUUAUACCAGCGUUCACGUAAACGGUCUGUGUCUAAUACAACAACAACAACAGAAACAACAAGUUCCUCUGAACAUAACAAAAGACCUAGACUGAAUAAACAAAACGCAUUAUGGAAGUUACCAAAUAUGCUAGAGACAUUUGAAUCAUUUCCACCUUCAUUUCAAACCGACUUUAUAUUACAACUCUUGAAGAAGUCAAGCAAGAGUACACUUCAAUUGGUUAAUGCAUGGAUGACACCUGCCAUGAAACAAGACUUUAUAUCCAAUUUACCACUCGAGAUAUCACGACGCAUCCUCAGUUACCUUGAUGCCUUUUCACUUAGUAGGGCAUCCUGUGUAUGUAAAAAGUGGAAAAAUAUUAUUGAUCAUGAUGAUACGUCAUGGAUGAACCUGCUCUUACGAGACGGCUAUACGCUCAUUGAUCCUAUCACAAAGACUCGACAAGCAUAUAAAGUAGCUUAUAGUCGAUACAAAGUGCUCUAUGCCAGACAUCAUACAUUAAAGCAGAACUGGAAGAAAGGAAGAGCAGAGAGGAAGAGUUUCGAGGGCGUUGAAAAGUUUGUUGUGACCUGUUUACAGUUUGAUGACGAAAAGAUUGUGUACGGCGCAGAUAAUGCUCACGUUAGCAUCUAUGAUACCGAGACAGGCAAAAAGAGAAUGACACUAAAUGGCCAUGGAGGAGGUGUGUGGGCACUUCAGUAUGUGGGUAACACACUAGUGACUGGCUCAACUGAUCGUACUGUUCGAGUCUGGGAUAUGGAAACUGGUAAAUGCACCCAUAUUUUCACAGGCCAUACUUCAACCAUUCGAUGUUUACUUGUUACAAAACCUACGGACGACUGUCCGGCUAUGAUUGUCGCCGGUUCUCGUGACUCUACACUGCGUGUGUGGAGGUUACCUGACCCUAAGGAUGAAGCGGGUCAUUAUUAUGGCGAGGGUGUAAACCCUUACUUUGUUCAUACCUUGAUGGGACAUAGAGAUUCGGUUCGCGCCGUUGCGUCGCAUGAACAUAUGAUUGUCAGCGGCAGCUACGAUAAUACGGUCCGUGUAUGGGAUAUUCGAACAGGUCGAUUGGUUCAUGUGUUGGAAGGACACCUUCAGAGAGUGUAUUCAGUAGUGAUUGAUCCUGAUAGAAAUCGAUGUAUGAGUGGAAGUAUGGACUAUCAGGUUCGUAUCUGGGAUCUCAAUACAGGAGAAUGUCUCAAACGUCUCGAAGGGCAUUCUCAUCUGGUGGGUCUGUUGGGACUGACGAAUCAGUAUCUUGUAUCUGCAGCCGCUGAUACAAUGCUCAGAGUGUGGUCACCUGAAACAGGAGUAUGUCAGCAUGCAUUAUCUGGUCACGGCAGUUCGAUAACAUGUUUCCAACAUGAUGAUGAAAAGGUGAUUUCUGGUUCAGAAGGCGGAUUAAAGAUGUGGGAUAUCAAGACAGGCAAGUUCGUCAGAGAUUUGAUUACAGAUGUAGAAUGUGUCUGGAGAGUAGCCUUUGAUGAACGACGAUGUAUUGCAGCUGUAUUAAGGCAAAAUGUAACUUAUUUUAAAAUACUAGACUUUGGUGUUUACAAUUUAUAA